AUGGCGAAUUGGGCGCUCACUGGUUGCUGUAACACUCAGCAGACCAUCUUCCUCUCCUGCUCCGGUGUCUACGCGCUCAUCAUCCUCGUUCUAUGGCGCACCAUCGUGCUCAUGCCCUUCAAGCUCAUCUCCGUGUACCUGCAUGAGAUAGGCCAUGCGUCCGCAUGCGUCAUGACAGGAGGGAAGGUGGAGGGCAUCGAGGUGCACAUGGACGAGGGGGGAGUCACUCGCACUCGGGGCGGAUGGCAGUGGUGCAUUCUGCCUGCCGGAUACCUGGGCUCAUCCUUCUGGGGCAUGGUGCUGGUGCUGUGCGCCACCAACAAGUGGACCACGCUCGUCAUCGCUGUCAUUCUCUGCAUCACUCUCUUCAUCACCCUCUUCCUCGCCAAGAACUUGAACGACCUCUGCGCCACCAACAAGUGGACAACGCUCGUCAUCACCCUCUGCAUCCUCUUUGUCACCCUCUUCCUCGUCAUUGCUGUCAUCCUCUUCAUCACUGUCUUCAUCACCCUCUUUGUCACCCUCUUCCUCGCCAAGACUGUGAGAGCAGCAUGCGGCUUGCAGAUGUGA